AUGUCUUAUGCCUUCAAGGAACUGCCUGGCAGAGGCUACGGUUGUUGUCUAGCCCACAGUGAGGAACUAAAGGUGGGCAAAGAUCCAUUUUGCCAAACCGUAUGUAGGGGUGCCACGAAGAGAGACGAUUGGCCAAAUGGUGUCAAGUGUAAUACCAGUCCCGAGCCUUGCCUUAAUGAGACCUGUUCUAGACAUGGAGUUUGCAAGCCCUCACCUGAGAGCGCGGAUGGCUUUGAAUGUGAGUGCGAAAGGCGCUGGAGAGGCAAACGCUGCGAACUUCGUCUGGGUGCUUGCGAGUUUGAGCAAAAGAGGCUUCAAGAGUUGAACGUGGAGGAAACCGCGAUUUGCCUAAACAAUGGAACCUGUGUCAACAAUCCCAAUGGCCUUGACUUCCAUUGUCAGUGUACCCCGGCUUGGGAGGGCAUUCGAUGCGAGAAAAGUACCCAUCAGGUAUGA